AUGGUCAUCUGCGACCCCUCCUAUGCGGAGCCGACCAGGACAGAGGUGAAAGGUCAAGUCAUUCGCGCCAUCUGCAUCCUUGGCGCUCCCAUCCCGGAGACAAAGAACCAGGAGGGAAAGCCAGCCCUGUCGUGUCAGAUCAUCCUGCCGCAGAAGCAGCUGAAGCGGAAGAACGACGUCUACGUCAUGAUGGUCUCAUGGGCGCACUGCAUCGCUGCGAAGGAGAAGUACGUGGCCAUUGUCAGCACGGUGGUGGAAACCUCCAACCCGGAGAGGGAGAUCGAGCCCGCCCUGAAGCUCCUGGGGCCCAUCCAGCACAAGUUCGUGCAGAUCAGCGAGAUCCGCGAGCCGGUCACGGACGGCACUGCAGAUGGCGUUUUCGUCACAGGCAGCUACGACCCGUCAUCGCACUUUGAGGACGCCUCCACUGAGGUGCUUGCCCUGCCUUGGGCUCAGAAGCUUUGGGCACAAAGUGGUGAUUUGCCUUGGAUCAAUUGCCCGAAGAACCUCCAAAUUCAGCCCAGCCCGUUUUAA